AUGGUUUACGGCGAUAAAAAUGCACCUAAUUGCCAAGUCCCAACUGGACUCAGCUCACUCCCCCGCAAAGACUGCAAUGCCACUAUUCUCAUCCUCCUACCCUUUAUCGUCAAUCACCUCUCCGCGAUAGUCACGCACCUCACCCUUGGUAAUCGCAAAGCAAGAAAUAAGCUCAAGUUCUGGGAUUAUAACCAUCUCAAUGGACCACCGAAAGAGGCUCUAUCAUGGACACCCUACAACACUCUGGCGACCAUCGCCAUGACGGUAGUACAAUGCGUUGUUAGCGCGGUGGCUGUCAAGGCCUCUGGUCUGAAUGUCAGCAUUGGACCGCUCAUUAUGUUUUACUUGACCAAGCCUCGAGUUGGAUGGGUAGUUGUCAUGUUAUCGGCUUGCUUCUACGAACCUCUCACCGAUACAGCCACCGAUGUGCUCUUCCAAGACUGUGUGUUGGGUGUCUUGGCACUUCCUGGCGCGCUUAUGUUCUUGAGAGUCAGCGGUUUUGGGGAGAUGCCUGAUGGUUGUGAUACAUAUGACAUGUACGACACUUAUGCGAUGGGCACGAAUGGGGAUGCCAAUCUUUUCCUGCGCAGUGGCUCAAGCAGCCUUGUCGCAUGCGGUGCGAUACUACUGUUUGUUGGUAUUUCCAUGCUUUGGAAUCUUCGCUUUCUCAAGAGACGUCUCGGCCUGUUGGCUAUGAUUCCUUGCACGGGCGCAUUCGUGUCUGCUUGGGUUCUCUGGAUCGGCUUCGACUAUGCUGUUAUGAAUGGAGACUUUUGUAUCUCUGGGUCGGCUAUCGGAACUGUAUCUGCUAUAUCUAUCAUCUUUCCGAUUUUGAACGGUCUUUUGCGUGGCUGGAUCGGAUAUCCUGGGGGAGGCUACUAUCCGUACUAA